CAGUUUUGUACCAACGUAUUUGUUCUCGUUUUCUCGUUCAUCAUUAUCACUUAACCACAAGAAUCAUGUCGACUACUUUGGGAAACAGGCGAGAUACAGUUGUAAAGAUCUGCGGCGUACGCACAGUCGAUGCAGCGUUGGCAGCAGCUGAUGCGGGGGCAGAUAUAAUCGGGAUGAUAUUUGCGCCCUCCCCACGACUUAUAGACAUUGCGACUGGGCAGCAGAUCGCACAAGCCGUGCGCCAAACAAACACGCAUCAUCAGUGGCAGCAGCAGCAGCAUAACCCAUCACAGCUGCAUUCCUCGAUUAAUAAUGAUGCGACGCCGGCGGAAUUCUUCACCGCAUGUGCCGAUCACAUACUGUCUAGAAAGGGACAAGAGUCGCGCCCAGGGCCUUUGCUCGUGGGGGUGUUCCAGAACCAGUCUCUGGAGCAUAUUCUCGAAGUGGCCCGCAGCGUGCCCCUGGAUAUGGUGCAGUUACAUGGGGAUGAGGCGGUGGAGCUGGCGCGGGAAAUCCCCGUUCCUGUCAUCAAGGUGUUUCACGUGGACGAUACGUUUUCUUCGGACUCCGAGUCUGAUUUAUUCAAGACAUUCUGUCAUUCUGUGGUUCUGCUCGAUACCAAGGUUGCCGGCACGAGUCAGCAAGGCGGGAAGGGCGUGAGUUUCGAUUGGAGCAUUGCUGGGAAACUGGCUGAUAAGGGAAUUCCGUUUUUGAUGGCUGGCGGGUUGACCCCUGAGAACAUCGGCAGAGCUGUGGGUGUUGGCAGGCCGUGGGGUGUGGAUGUAUCGAGUGGGAUCGAGACGGACAAGGUCAAGGACCCGAAGAAAAUCCACGCGUUCGUUGUGAAUGCCAAAAAGAACUUGGAGUCAUCGGCAUAAAAAUUGUGUUUUUCCACGCAACACCGAUGCGCAUAAAUAUUAACAUUCAAUACACAUGCCAUUUCGUGGCACUACAUUUUCUAUAUAUGGA